UUAUUGUCUCUGACAUCUUGUGAUCACAAGACCUCUCCGUUUUGAGUUUUCUGUCAAGGCAAAAAUUGGGCGAAAAAAGACCGUCCCGAACGGGAUUUACGGGUAAAAAGCUCCAAUUUGCUCAACAAAUAUCUCAAGAUGAGAUACUUCCUCACUUACCUGUUUGUGCUCCUUCUGGGAAUCGCUAUCACAGUGUUCUCGUUGUACUAUCUCCUGAAUGGAAAGGGUGAGCAAAUCAGUGUAGGAUGGUUCUUGGAGAACACGUCCCCUUACAUGUGGGGGACGUUGGGAAUCGCGUUCGCCGUGGCCUUCUCCGUGGUGGGCGCCGCGAUGGGCAUCCACACGACCGGAGUGAGCAUAGUCGGCGGAGGUGUCAAAGCGCCCAGAAUCAAGACCAAGAAUUUGAUCUCUGUCAUCUUCUGCGAGGCUGUCGCCAUCUACGGUCUGAUCACCGCCAUCGUGCUGUCGGGUAUGCUGGAGCGAUACACAGAGCCCCUUGUUGACAUUACUAUCAAGCAACAGAACUGGAUGGCUGGCUAUGUGAUGUUCGGAGCUGGGCUUGCCGUGGGGCUGGUUAACUUGUUCUGUGGUAUCGCCGUCGGGAUCGUGGGCUCUGGAGCAGCCUUGGCCGACGCGGCUAAUGCAGCCCUGUUCGUAAAGAUCCUAAUUGUUGAGAUCUUCGGGUCUGCCAUUGGUCUCUUUGGACUCAUUGUCGGUAUAUACAUGACGUCAAAGGUCAAGAUGGGUAACCAGUAAUGUAAGAAGAAAUGGAACUUGAAUUUAAGUGUAAGUAUAGACUAUUUUUUAUCUUGUU